AUGGAUGGAGUCCUCCUUCCCCACUGGUCUCUCAAAGAGGAGCUUAAAGAAAAAAUGGUAUUUCCAAUGCAAUGUGCAGAGGCAGAAAAAACUGCAGCUACAACUCUUUUAUCUUUAUCUCUCACUCACUCUCUCUCCACGGACUUGCAUUUGAAGCAAUGGAGAAACCAGCAUGAGUCAGAGCAACAACCUUCUGCAAAGAUACCAAAACUUCUACUUAACCUUGAUGCCCAUCACCACCACCACCACCACUCACAACAGCAACAGCAACACGCAUCCUCUAAACCAUCUGCUCUCCCCUUGUUUGUAUCUGAAUCCAACAGCAAAAUCAGUGGCAGCCUAUCAGCACCACUUCCUGAUUCCAACAGCAGAAUGGGAAGCUAUUUCAGCUUGGCUCAGUGGCAAGAACUGGAGUUACAAGCAUUGAUCUAUAGAUACAUGUUGGCAGGCGCUGCUGUUCCUCCCGAACUCCUCCACCCAAUCAAGAAAAGCCUUCUUUACUCUUCCUCCUAUUUCCUCCACCAUUACCAGCCAGCUUUGUUACAAUCAGGGUACUGGGGAAGAGCAGCAAUGGAUCCGGAGCCUGGCCAUUGCCGGAGAACUGACGGCAAGAAAUGGAGGUGCUCCAAGGACGUGGUGCCUGGACAGAAGUAUUGCGAGCGACACGUACACUGUGGCCGCAACCGUUCAAGAAAGCCUGUGGAAAUGCCCACAUCUAGCAGCACCGCCGCUGCAGCUAAUAAUAGCAAUGUCAGUGUAAUUGCUCGUUUCGGCGGUGGUGGUAGUGGAUGUGGUGCCGUAAAAGCCAGAUCCCCAAUGACCGCUUCAACCUUAGCAGCGGUGGCUAACGGUCCCAACAAUAUUGGCUUUUCUAGGCCUUCCCCUCCCGUUGAUCUUCUUCAGCUUAAUCAUAGUUCCCCAGAGUCCAAAACUAAACCUAAGGGUCUUUUUGAAGCCCAAAAUGAGGUCGAUGACAGAUCUGAUGGUCACAUUUUGAGACAUUUUAUUGAUGAUUGGCCCAGAACACUACAAGACCCUGACAAUAAUGGAACUAAUGCAAGCCCCAUUAAUUCCUCCACAUGCCUCUCGAUUUCUAUGCCCGGGAAUUCCUCCUCGGAUCUGUCGUUGAAGCUGUCUACAGGAAUUGGCGACAGCAGAAGGGAGCAUCAUCAGCAGCCACCGUUGAACUGGGCCAUGGGAGGAUGGGCAGUAUCGAACCAGGUGGCUUCUAUGGGAGGACCUCUUGCCGAGGCUUUACGAUCAUCAUCCACAUCUAAUUCAUCAGCCACUAGUGUUCUGCAUCAGUUGCCUAAGGGUUCUACUUCUGAAAUUAGCUAUAUCAGCACUUGAAUUUAGUCACUGUUAAUGUUAUUUUUUUCUCUUCCCCUUUCAACUCUUUUAACUAAUUUAGACACUGAAAACGCGUUCCUAUGCAAGUUGCUUGCACUUUCUGUC